AUGGACCAAAGACAAAUUCUGCAAAAGUUCCUGCAUGAGGUCCAAGAUAAGAAAAUGAAGAAAGAUAAGUUUGCCAAUGAAUUUUUGAAACUGAAAAGCCAAUCUACCAAGUACAAGACAGACAAAACCUACCCUACUGCUGUGGCCGAGAGGCCCGAGAAUAUCAAGAAAAACAGAUAUAAGGAUAUCUUGCCCUAUGAUCAUAGUCGCGUAGAGCUGUCUCUCAUAACCUCUGAUGAGGAUUCCAACUACAUCAAUGCCAACUUCAUUAAGGGAGUUUAUGGGCCCAAGGCUUAUAUUGCGACUCAGGGUCCUUUGCCUACAACUGUCCUGGACUUUUGGAGGAUGAUUUGGGAAUAUAAUGUCCUGAUCAUUGUUAUGGCGUGCAUGGAGUUUGAAAUGGGAAAGAAAAAGUGUGAGCGUUACUGGGCUGAGCCAAGAGGACCUCAACUGCAAGUUGGGCCUUUCUCCAUUUCCUGUAAAGAUGAAAAAAGAAAGUCUGAUUACAUAAUCAGGACUCUAAAAGCCAAGUUCAACAGUGAAACUCGAACCAUCCACCAGUUUCAUUACAGGAAUUGGCCAGAUCAUGAUGUGCCUUCAUCUAUAGACCCUAUUCUGGAGCUCAUCUGGGAUGUGCGUUGUUAUCAAGAAGAUAACAGUGUUCCCCUAUGCAUUCACUGCAGUGCUGGCUGUGGAAGAACUGGUGUUAUUUGUGCUAUUGAUUACACUUGGGUGCUGCUAAAAGAUGGGAUAAUUCCUGAGAACUUCAAUAUAUUUCAUUUGAUUCAGGAAAUGCGGACACAGAGGCCAACAUUUGUUCAAACUAAGGAACAGUAUGAACUGGUCUACCACGCUGUAUCAGAGCUAUUCAAGAGACAUGUUUCCAGGGAGCAACACUCUGAAACAAAGAUUGAAGGAAAGUGUUCAGUUCCUAAGCAAAAUUCCACUCCAGAAGCAGAUCUUUAUUCUCUUUAUUUACCAAAAAGUUCCACAAAAGAAGCAACAAUAAUGAACCAACAGAAUAAACAAAGGACAAAGGUGGAAAAAUCAGAGUCAUCUUCCUUUAAGACUUCUGGAAUAAGUAAAGGGGAAGAAUUUGUUUUGUACCCUCCUAAACAGAGCACUUCUUUUGAUUUCUUGGAGCUAAAUUGUGGUUGCAACAAAACUGCUGACAAAAAUAUGGAAUGGGAGAAAAACGCACUUCCAUUGGCUGGGGAGCCUCUUCAAAAGUACCAGAGUUUGGACUUGAGCUCUAUUUUGCUUGGGGCACAUUCUAAUUCAGAACAUCUAAGUGCAGCAGAAAGACAUUUUCAUUCAAAGCAACCUCUAGUACGGACCAAAUCAACUCCCUUUGAAUUGGUACAGCAGACACAAACAAAGGAGCUGGACAACAAGGAAAAUUUUUCUUAUUUGGAAUUGCAACCACACAAUUCUUGUUAUAUGGAGUUGCAGGCUCAAAAACAGAUGCAUGCUUCUUCAGAAGAACGAAACUGUUCAUUGCCAAGUGAACCUAAGGACCACAUAUGUAAAUUAUCUAGUGUAAAGCAGAAUGACCACAGUCACAUUAAUGACUAUUUUUACAUGCCCUUAGUAGAAGAUCCUUAUUUUUCAUCAGUGCCUCCAGAAAGAACUGGUUCUAAGAUGUCUCUUGAUUUACCUGAGAAGCAGGAUGGAAUUGUUUUUCCUUGCUCUUUGUUGCCAACAUCCUCUACAACUCUCUUCUCUUACUACAAUUCACAUGAUUCUUCAGCCCCAGGUACUCUGAUGAAUUCUCCCUCAGUGCCAAACCAAGGGGCAGUCGUAGUUGCAACAUCUUCAAAGGCAGAUGAUGAAAUUCCCCCUCCACUACCUGAGCGGACUCCUGAAUCUUUUAUUGUGGUUGAGGAAGCUGGAGCAUUCCCACCAAGUGAUCCCAAUCCCUUAUCUACAGGUGUGAAGUUAAAAUUGGGAACAUCACUGGAAUGGAGUGGAACAUCUGAAUCAAAGAAAUAUGAUGAUGCAAUGGGACUCAGACCAAGCAAGAGUGUGAAACUCCGUGGCCCCAAAUCAGAACUACAUCAAGACCAUUCUUCUUCCCCACCACCUCCGCUCCCAGAAAGAACACGAGAGUCUUUCCUUCUUGCUGAGGAAGACUGUAUACAGGCCCAAGCUGAAGCAACUUCUACUAGCUGUCCUGACACCAUGGAAAACUCAACAUCUUCAAAAGAUAUAAUGAAAACUCCUGGGAAAAGUUUCACAAGGAGUAAGAGUUUGAAAAUUUUACGAAAUAUGAAAAAAGGUGUCAGUAAUUCUACCCCAUCAAGCAAACCUACAGAAUCUCUUCAGUCAAGUAGCUCCAGUUCCUUUCUAAAUUUUGGUUUUGCAAAUCGUUUUUCAAAACCCAAAGGACCAAGAAAACCACCAGCAACUUGGAAAAUUUAA